AUGAAGACCUCCCUCGCUCUUGUCCUCGGCGUUGCCGCUUCGAUUGUCAGCGCCGGCAUCGUCAUUACCCCGAUCAGGGACGAUCAAAUCGUGCCCAGAAUGGGGGGUGAUUGUUUCUUUGGCCAAGUUACGCCUCAAGGAUGCGGCGUUGAGCGCUUCGAUACCACCUCCGACUCGGAACGACAACAAAGUAGCAUAGCGGGAGGCAUUGCCAUUUAA